AUGCGCAAGAUCUCAGGCCAACGUGUUAAGAGUAAGAGAUCCAUACCUUCAUUUGCUGCUAAAAUUUUUCGAGUGCUUACUGCUUUUCUACUAAGUACUGAUCUCGACAAUUCCGUUAAAGUACACCCUAUUCAAGACAACUUAAAAAGAAAAGUAGAUAGUUUCUAUGAUAUUGAAAAAGCUAAGAAAGAAUUUGAAAAUAUUACAUCACCUAGUUUUUGUAAUUUAACUGAGUAUUUUAAAGAUAUUGUAAACAAGAAUCUUUCUUCAAAAAUUUAUUACAGAUAUAAUUCUAAUUGCGAUAUCACUAAUCAUUUAUCUUCAGAACAAUUCAGUUUAUCGAAAGAAUCUACUUUAAAAUUUUUAUCAGACAAUUAUAAUUUAGCUGAAUGGUUUUAA